CUUAUAUCUAAACCACCGCCUCAUCUACAUUAUCACCACCCGAAGCCUCUAACACUUCCACGAAAGAGGAUGAACCAACCAGUACCGACACCGCGACAAUUCCUAACAUCCCUCAUAAACAGCCUCACCUCAAUCCCCAUCCCCCCUACCACCACACCCUCCACCACCGCGAUCCCAAGCGCAGGAGCAUCAAACCCACUCAAGCUCAUCCCACCCGCCCACCGACCUCUCCUCACAACCCUCUACACACUGUAUCCCCUAACCCUCCUCCCAGCGCUAGACCUGCUAGACCGCCGCCUCGCCACACGCGUCAUCGUCAGCGCCUCCCCGCACCAACCCGAGACGGGAGCGGGAAAAGACCCAGCACAACCACCAUCGUCUUCACCAUCACCGCCGGGCUCCGAUAAAGAAACGCCGCCGCCGCCGACAUUCUACAUCGUCCGCUCCGCACAGCCGCAGCACCCGCGCCGCGGCGAAUCUUCCACCUCCACCUCUUCAUCAGCAGGUCUAUCCUACGUCGUGCGCCUCAGCGCCUGGAACUGUACAUGCGCGGCCUUCGCCUUCGCCGCCUUCCCGCGCGAGGAGCGGGGCCCUUAUCCGCAUCCGCAUCCGCAUCCGCAUUCCUAUCUCGCCUCCCCCUCCCCAUCUUCUCUUUCUCCUUCUCCUUAUCCUAGCUCCGGGCCGACGGGGGACGGCGGAUGGGAGUUCGGGGCCCUGAGCGCGGACGGUGUGGAAGGAAGCGGGAUUGCCGGGGUUCCUUGCUGCAAGCACUUGCUCGCGUGCGUGCUGGCCGAGAGGUGGGGUGCUUUGCUGGGCGGGUAUGUGGAUGAGAGGGUUGUGGGGAGGGAGGAGGGCGCGGGUUUGGUUGCUGAUAUCUGAGGAAGGGGUGGGAGGUGAGAGAUGAGGUGUAUGGCACGAUAUAAUUAUGAGUAACGAUCUCACAAAGUGAUGAGUUUUUACGUAUAAUAAUAUGACGGACAAAAGGAAUAAGACACCUUAAUCAUAGCAAAAUGAAUCAUCGUUCAU